GCGACAGUCCGCCAGGAUCACACCCUCCCGCCUUCGAAAAUGCGAAUUCAAGUGCCGUGUGUAAAGUUCGCGUCCGAUGGAUUCGAGCGAGAGCGCUCGAUCAAGGGGUGAUCGAGCGACGACGAGACGCAUAUACAACGAAGCGGAUAUUCUCCAGGGAAACGUAAACGCGCUAAUUCCCGCUCCGGGAAAUUAAUUUCCAUCAGCCUUUGUUUGAUGUCCGUCCAACUUCCGUCCGCGCCCGCGCGGUCCGAAAGUUCUGUUACAUUAUAUAUUUCACUCCUUUCUGAUUCUCGGCAAAAAUUUUGCGCAUAUCAUAUCGCAUCGCAUCGUCGCAGUAAGAGCCAAGAAAUUGUAAUUCUAAGAAUAGUUCGGGUGAAUUGUGCGAUGAGCUUGAAAGGUUCCUCGGAACUUCGUGCAGCUAGCCGACAACGCGAUUGGAUGAGGACCGGUGGUUCCUCGAUAAGAUCCCUGGAUGUGCCGCUGGCUAUCCGCAACGGUACCGGACCUGUGGACCUGAUUUGCGUUUACGAGGUUGACGAGGACGAGAACGGACUUGUAAUCAAAUGGUUUCACGAAGCGUAUCAGAUUUAUCAGUGGAUUCCACCGAUACCGCCGCAAGAUAUCGGAAUUAUCGAAGGAGUCGCGGAAUAUCCAGCUGAAAACCUGAAGGAGCCAUACUCGCGCUCAGUGAUACGAUUGAAGACCGUCACGAUAGACAUGACUGGGGAAUAUACGUGCGCAAUCAGCACGUUUCAGGACGAGGCGAGCAACUCGACGAAAAUGAUUGUUUAUGUGCCGGAAAGCGAUAUGACGGUGCACACUUACCCCUUCAAUAAGACCCACGUGAAUUUAACGUGCGUCGUAACGGGCGCGCAACCACAACCGUCUCUGAAGCUCUACGUCGAGGGAAUCGAGAGCAAUGAUCGCGGAAGUGAUCGGGAAUCCUCGACAGACUGGUACAAGGGUAACCCACGAACGUCGCUGGAUGUUGUCGUCGAGGACACGCUGGAUCCUGCCGUCAUCGAGUGCGAAAUGUCAAUCCCCGAAACGGAGUACAAGCGCCGAGAACGGAUCGUCUACUAUCCCAGUUCGAAUCGUUCCACGCAAUUACUACCCUAUCGCACAAAUGUUUCACAAGGGAGGCACUACGCGAUGUUGCUUGUCGAUAUUCUUUAUAUUGCCAUUCUUAGAUUAAUAUUCACGUAGGAUUGAAGUUAACGGCAAAUUGUACUCUGGGGAAAUAAACAGGUAUUUAAUGUAUUUUUAUUUCGUGAAACUCGAGUAUCAACUCUUCUAAUUCUGAAAAAAAAGAAAUAAAAGCACUUAAAUC